UUUGUUUUGGAACCUGUUGGGGAUUUCUUGCUGCUCCACACCCUUCUACCUUUUGUUACUCUUGUGGUCGCCAUAGUGGCUCUUCUUUCUCUGUAGUUUCGAAUGGGGCACGAACUCUAUGUUGAGCCAGAAUGGCGUCAGUUUCACAGCCUCGGGGCUCAUGUCCUUGGCUCGUGUGGUUGGGAAGUGACGCUGUGCUGACUAGCUGAGACUCAUAGCAACCAGCAACCGAAGCGGGUUAGAUCAACUGUAUUUAUGAGACGGCAGCGGAGAAGGAUUAAAGCACAUUUGCUUAAAACGGACUCCAACGAGAAAGGAUAAUACACAUGUGUGCAUUAUUUUUAAAAAACAUGUCGUGAGGCAACAUCGCUGUAUGAGCUGGUCUCGGUUAAGCCUUUUUUGUCUCCGGAAGGAAGGAGAACUGGGGUUGGGACGAGUCGAGGGAGCAGGAAAAAAAAUCCACAAAACAUUCACUUGAGAGCGGUUUCCAUCACUCGGGAGCUAACGUGUGGAACCGAUUACAAACUGCAAAACAACACGGUUUUCAUUUUGGAACAGAGAAGAAGAAAAAAAACUCUUAGUUGUGUUUGUUUUCUUUUCAUUUUGGGAGUGUUCACGUUUUUCGAGCGUGGUUUAAUUUUAUUUAUUUAUUUUGUUACACCAAAAAAAAAUCAAACAAACUUUUCAAGCAACUGAAAAAAAAAAAAAAAAUUAAAACAAAUUAAAAAAUGCUUAGUCGGUGACAGCUAAGAGGAAGCAGACCUAGAGAAAGAAAAAGCGUUUUUCAGUUGAACGCCUCUCGUUUGUUAUUUGAAGAAAAAUACUGGAGUUCGGUCAUGCAGUUAAAACUGUUGUUGUUUUUACUGACAAAGAGGAAUGUAGGCUGUGCACAUUGCUAUUUAGGAUCGAUUACAUGGGGAAUGGGAUCUUGUGUACUCUAGCAGUGUUAAUAUUAUGAAGAAAGUCCUAUCCAUUGAAACAGAUUCGGUAUGUGCAUACCCUGAUUUGACAACGCGGAAUUGUUUUUAAUACCUUGCUUAACGUCACUUUGUUUUUUUAUAUAUAGUCUUCCCAUGAAGUGACAGAUCAUAAUCGAAUGAGACGGGACUGAUCAGAUUUAUUCAGUGCGGGCGUGCGACUUAAUCAUGUCAAAUGGUGAAAUCUGCUAGCUGCUUUCUCAAUUACCAACAUUUUUAUAAUGCUUUAAAUGAUGGAUUUUAUUUUUUUUUACCGAGUGAACGAUAUUUUCUAAAGUCGCAAUAUAAGCUAAAUAACAGGAUUUUUUUUAAAAAAAUAAUAAUUUGUGUGCUGCAGAGCAAUUUUUGUUUGUUUGUUUUGUUUUUUUUUUACUUCCACUGAAUAAGUGUUCAAUCUUCAAAAAAUAAAUUAGCUCAAAUCCUUCGCUAACCUCCAUAGAUUCUCAUCGACUUCAAACUUGGAAAGUCAAUUUUUGUUUGGUUCGGCAUACCUUUCUUUGGAUGGUGGCGCCAGUCUCUAUUUGCAACCAUGAUGAUACUAAGCAGAAAGCCAGAGGGGCCGAUUACAGCGGCCAGACAUGGGGAUGGUUUGUACGACUCAUACAUGCGAUCAGACCAGGCUGGUAAGCACGGCACUGACUCCGAUGGCCAUACCCCUGCUGCUCUGCCACCCCUUCCCAAACACACAGGCGGGAGUGUCCACAAGACCUCACCAAAGGAUCAUCAAGUUGGGGGUCGAGACCAUGUGAAAAUGAGACACUUGCACGAGGACGCUUCCAAUAGAAAGCUGAACGGUGCCCUGCAGCACAAUGGCAUCCACAGCACUGCAAAAGCACAACCUGUGACGGCCAAAGAACGAAGUGUGGACAGCAGCGGCUCUGCCAAGUCCGGGGAUAGCUUGGGUAAAACUACCAGGCCUGGAGUAAUGACUCCCGAACAUGCCUUGAAGCAGCACAAGCAGCAACUCACUGCCUUGGAGCAGCAGGAGAUCCUCACCUAUCCUGAGAUCUACUUUGUGGGACCAAAUGCCAAAAAGAGGCAAGCCGUAGUGGGUGGCGCCAACAACAAUGGUUACGACGACGACCAGGGGGGCUACAUCCACGUGCCUCACGAUCACUUGGCAUACCGCUACGAGGUCCUCAAAGUCAUCGGCAAGGGGAGCUUCGGGCAGGUGGCGAAGGUUUACGACCACAAGCUCCACCAGCACCUGGCCCUGAAGAUGGUGAGGAACGAGAAGCGCUUUCACCGGCAGGCGGCCGAGGAGAUCCGGAUCUUGGAGCACCUGAAGAAGCAGGACAAGACGGGCAGCAUGAACGCCAUUCACAUGUUCGAGAACUUCACCUUCCGCAACCACAUCUGUAUGACGUUCGAGCUCCUCAGCAUGAACCUCUACGAGCUGAUCAAGAGGAACAAGUUCCAGGGCUUCAGCCUGCAGCUGGUGCGCAAGUUCGCCCACUCCAUCCUGCAGUGCCUGGAGGCCCUCCACCGGAACAAGAUCAUCCACUGCGACCUGAAGCCUGAGAACAUCCUCCUCAAGCAGCAGGGCCGCAGCGGCAUCAAGGUCAUCGAUUUCGGCUCCAGCUGCUUCGAGCACCAGCGCGUCUACACGUACAUCCAGUCCCGCUUCUACCGGGCGCCGGAGGUCAUCCUAGGCUCCCGAUAUGGGAUGCCCAUAGACAUGUGGAGCUUUGGCUGCAUUCUGGCCGAACUGUUGACUGGCUAUCCUCUGUUCCCCGGUGAGGACGAAGGGGAUCAGUUGGCUUGCAUGAUGGAAGUUCUCUCCAUGCCCCCACAGAAGCUGAUGGAGCAGUCCAAGAGGGCUAAGAACUUUAUCAACUCCAAGGGGCACCCGCGCUACUGCACUGCCAGCACCCUGGCCAACGGAACUGUGGUGCUCAACGGUAGCCGGUCGCGGAGAGGUAAAAUGCGCGGAGCGCCGGGCAGCAAGGACUGGGUAACGGCCUUAAAGGGCUGCGAUGACCCCACCUUCAUCGAUUUCUUAAAAAAGUGUUUGGACUGGGACCCUGCCACACGCAUGACCCCGUACCAAGCGCUGAGGCACCCCUGGCUUUACAAGCGUUUACCCAAACCUAUCGCUGCGGACAAAACGUCUGUCUCUAAACGGAUUACAGACCAUAGCACCUGCUUCCCAGGGAUUAUUUCCAAGAUGCCUUCUACAAUCGGAGCAGGCAGUAAACUGAGGACCAAUCUGAUGGGGGAUUCGAAUGGAAGCAUACCCUUACGCACUGUGCUACCUAAACUCGUAACCUAGGACUUUACAAUCCCAAUUAUGUGUGGACUGGUACAUAACUAUUGGUAGUUUUUAUUGUGGUGUUUGUUUUUUUUUACACUUUUUAUGAAUUUGAGCCAAUUCAUUUUACAUAAUACAUUAACAAUGAAAAUAUAUAUAUAAUAUAUAUAUAUAUAUAUAUAUAUA